AUGUCUCUUUUCAAUAAUUUCAUAUUCCAAUGUGCUCAAACAACUUGUUCACCAUUCUUCAAUCUUACAACAUCAAAUAUUCGUCAAUGUCAAAUUUCUUGUUUAAAACAAAUUCAAUGCAAAGCAGCGACUUUUUAUCAAUCAAUUCCAAUUUGUUCAUUGUUUGACAAUGCAAUAGAACAAAAUACAAAUAUGUCAUUUAGUAUGAAUACAAUGACGAUGGUUGUCAUCUCUGGAACACGAUUUCCUACCGAAUCAACUACAACAUCAAUAUCAACAUCAUCCUUGUUGACUUCGACAUUGUUGUCAUCUUUGUCCUCAACAUUAACACUGUCAUCUUUAUCGUCGACAUUAGUUUUAUCAACAUCAACAUCGUCAACGUCAACAACAACGACUGCGACAUCAACAUCGUCAACAUCAACGUCGUCAACGUCAACAUCAACAUCGUCAACAUCAACGUCGUCAACAUCAACGUCGUCAACGUCAACAACUACCACUGCGCCACCAGUAUGGGUAGUUACAGGAAGCAUGAAAUAUGCACGAACGCAUCACACAUUAUCUGUCUUAUUCAAUGGAACAGUAUUAGCUGUAGGUGGAUGGAAUGGUAGUAGCUCUUUGGCCAGUGCUGAAUUAUAUAAUCCAUCAACAGGCAACUGGACACUUACAGGAAGUUUGAACACUUCCCGUCAUCAUCAUAGAGCAGUUACUUUGGCAAAUGGAAAAGUAUUAGUUACAGGCGGACAGAUUGACAGCAGCACGUUUUUGAAUAGUGCUGAAUUAUAUGAUCCAUCAACAGGUACUUGGACAACAACAGGAAAUAUGGCUGGUGCACGAUACCGACACAUAGCAGUCGUCCUAACAAACGGCUCCGUGUUAGUUUCGUCCGGAUGGAAUGGUGAUACUUUUACUUACAUGUACACUUCUGAAUUAUAUAAUAUAUCAACAGGCACCUGGAUAAAAACCGGAAAUAUGAGUACUGGACGAGAAGCACCCACGGCAACUAUGUUAACUAAUGGAAAAGUGUUGGUUACAGGUGGAAACAAUGGCGGAGCUCUCAACACCGCUGAAGUGUAUAAUCCAUCAACAGGCAUCUGGACAACAACAGGAACUAUGAAUAGUGCGCGAAAAUUUCAUACAGCAACCAGUUUAACAAAUGGAUCAGUGCUAGUGGCAGGUGGAAAUAAUAAUGCUGCAUCUGUGAAUACCGCUGAAUUAUAUAAUCCGUCAACAAAUGCAUGGACAACAACGGGAAGUAUGAGUACCGCACGACAAUAUCCAGUAUCGUCCAUCUUAGCGAAUGGACAAGUGUUAAUCACCGGUGGAGAAAAUGGGGGUGUUUAUCAGACCAUCACUGAAUUGUAUAAUCCAUUAACAGGUAUUUGGACAACAACCUCGAGCAUGAAUCUCGGGCGGCAGGAAUCUUCAAUAGUCAGCUUUACUAAUGGAAAAGUAUUCGUCGUAGGUGGAAACAAUGGUACUGUGUGUAUCAGCAGCGCAGAAUUAUAUUAA